AUGGAAGAACACAAACCCACCACACCGCUAGCUCUCCAAAAGGGCGACACCAUCGCCUUUAUCUCUCCUUCCUCACGCCUCAACACACUGUUCUCCCGUCGGAUUCAGAAUGCCAUCACCUUCUUCAAACACCAUGGCUUCCUUGUCAAAACGAUCUACAAUGACACUUUACCUUCGGAUCAUCUCUCCGCCAUUCGAACUCGCUGUUCAGAACUCCACACCGCCUUCUCCGACCCAAGCGUAAAAGCAAUCCUUUGUACAAUUGGCGGCUUAUCAGCAAACGAAUUGCUCCCUCACCUAGACUACAACCUCAUCCGCCAGCAUCCAAAGAUUUUCUGCGGAUACUCUGAUAUUACAAUUUUGCAUCAUGCAAUUUUCGUGCAAAGCGGGCUGAGGACUUUUUAUGGUCCUGCUGUCAUUCCCGAGUUUGGGGAGGAUGAGGGAUGGGUGAUGGGGUUUACUGUUGAUCACUUUGUUGAGACGUUGACAGGAAAGAGUGGAAAGACUGUUCCUAGGUCAAAGGUGCACACGAUGGAGUUCAAAGAUUGGUUGGAUGAAGAUGGAGAUAGUCGACCAAGGGUAUUGGAGCCUGCGCCAGGGUGGAAAUGGAUCAAGACUGGUAAAGCGAAAGGCAGACUAUACGGUGGAUGUCUUCCUUCCCUGGUUCAGCUAUGCGGCACGAAAUAUCUACCCGACUACACUGGACGAAUCCUCCUGCUCGAACUACCUGAGGGCCACAAACCUGGGAGCCCCUUCUCACUCGACGCUGCAAGGUCUGCAAUGGCAGAUCUACGUAAUGCUGGGAUCUUGGAGAAAGUUGCUGGUAUUGUCAUUGGACGUCCAUAUAUGUAUGACGAGAAGAUGACUGCUUCAUUCGAGAAGAUGGUUUGGGAUCAGUGUUAUGGUAUAGAGGUUCCGAUACUGGCGGGUGUUGAUACCGGACACUCGGAUCCUAUGCUUACCUUGCCGUUGGAUGUGAUGGUCUCGCUUGAUUCGGAAGCUAUGGAAGAUGAGCAGUUUAUGAUAUUGGAAAAGGCUGUCAAGACAUGA